AUGUCUGUAGAACAUGGAGCACUUUGUAAUGGGCAGGAGGACACUUAUUGCAUGAACGGAGGGACAUGCUAUAAAAUACUUUCCAUCAAUACACUCUCGUGUGUGUGCAAAGAAAAUUACAAAGGCAGCCGUUGUGAGGAGUUCCAGCUCUUCAGCAUAAACACCAAGGCACAAGAAGCAGGGUUAAUUGCAGCCGUGGUCAUUGUUGUCCUCCUCCUCUUAGUGGUGCUGGCAGUUGUUAUCUACUUCAUCCGCAAGAUGUUGAAAGCCAAGCAACAGAGCCAACAGAACAUUCAACAACAGUAUUGGAGAGUAAAACCCAGAGUAUGA